GCGCUCUCGUGUCAUGCGUGGCUGUUGACAUUUGUAACAGUAUUUUGACAUUUUAAAUAACCACAUCAGCGAAGGUGGUACUUUUUUUGUUAUGGUCUUACUUGUAGUUGUUAUGUAGUUGUUUAUCAUAGACGAAGCUUAUUGGAGCUGGUAUUUCUUCGAGGGUUUUCUGUACAGUUAAAGUGGUUUUGCACCAAACUUAGCUAGAAGCUAACUUCGCACACACGCUUUCAACAACAAGUUUAAGGUAGGAGGUUUUUUUAUCAACGUACCUUGUUAUUUAACUGUAGGAAAAUGAAGACGAAGAAGCCCAAAAACAAGCGUCUGUCCUCGGCACAGCACAAAAAAGACAAACGGGGCAUCCAUGUGAAAGGCAAAUGGAAAGCCAUAGAGCUGGAUCCUAGUCUGUUCUCCGAGGAGGGCAUGGAGGGUCUGGUGUGUUUUGAAGAGCUGACAAAUUAUCGUCUGGUUGACUCCGAGAAGACCGCAGCUACAGCAGCAAGGGAACUGAAAAAGGAGGAGGAGAAGAAGAAGAAGAAAGCGAAGAAAAGGAAAGUCAGUGAGGCAGAGGAGGCUGGAGAGAAAGGAGAUGUGGAGAGCAAAGAGGGAGAGACAGCACCUGAACCAGCCAAGAAAAAAGCCAAGAAGAAGAAGAAGAAGAAAAAUAAGAAACUGGCUGCAAAGGAUGCAGAUAAUGCAGCUGUCGAUGUGACACAGAAGGAUGCAGCUGCAGGUGACGAGAAAGGAGAAGAUGAAGCACCUAAAGAGGACGCUUCAGAAGAUACAGCAGUGAGUUCAGAGCCUGAUGCCCAAUCAAAACUCACAAAGAAAAGCAACAAACAGAAGAAAAAGAAACAGAAGCAGCAGAGAGAAAAUGAUCAAAUCCAAGAGGUACAGUCAAACCAGGACUCUCCGUCAGAAAAUCAGCCUCUGGAAAAAGAAAAAUCCACUCAAGACAAAGUGGCACAGCCUCCCAAAAAUAAAAAGCAGAUCAAGAAUUGGACAAAUGCAGCUCUGUCUGGCUCUGAUGGUAAAAAUGCUGAUGUGAGUGCAUGGAAGGACUUGUUUGUCCCCUCGCCUGUGCUAGAGGCUCUCAGCAGUCUUGGAUUUAGCUCACCGAGUCCAAUACAAGCUCUCGCUUUGCCUCCAGCGAUCAGGGAUCGGAUGGAUGUGCUGGGAGCUGCUGAGACAGGAAGUGGAAAGACACUGGCUUUUGGUAUUCCCAUGAUCCACACCAUCCUGGAGUGGAAAAACAACUCCGAAAAGUCUGUUGACACUGAACCGACCACACAGGUGGAGAGUUUGUAUUUACCAGCUGCAGACGAGUCCACCAAAGAUGAGGGGGACGACAUGGAGGCAGAGGAGGGUGAGAGCAUCACAGAGCAGGAGGAGGGUGACACAGACGAACAUGACAGCGAAGAUGAACAUGAUGACACUGAAGGAAAGGAUGAUGAGAGGCUUGGGUGCGUUCAAGUAAUCGAAAAUGCAGAGUUUGACUUCGCUGCUGAGGCAGAAGAAGAACCUGCUGGUGGUCGCAGUCAGCCGCUGCUCGGACUCGUGCUCACUCCCACCAGAGAGCUGGCUGUUCAGGUCAAACACCACAUUGAUGCUGUUGCGAAAUUUACAGACAUCAGGACAGCGAUAGUGGUGGGUGGAAUGGCACAACAGAAACAACGACGGAUGCUAAAGCGGAGACCAGAGAUCAUCAUCGCCACUCCGGGACGUCUAUGGGACUUGAUCAAGGAGAGACAUCCACAUCUGCUGAACUUAAGACAGCUCAGGUGCCUGGUCAUUGAUGAAGCAGAUCGUAUGGUAGAGAAAGGCCACUUUGCAGAGCUGGAGAGUCUGCUGGAGAUGCUGAACACCGUGCACUUUAAUCCCACAAGGCAAACGUUCGUGUUCUCUGCCACGCUGACCAUGGCUCGCAGCCUGCCCACCCGCCUCCUGCAGAAGAAGAAGAAGAAUCUGGACCAGAGGAGCAAACUGGAGAUUCUCAUGGAGAAAGUGGGGAUCAAGUCCAAACCCAAAAUCAUUGACCUGACCAGGAAGGAGGCGACUGUGGAGACUCUGACUGAGACCAGAAUCCACUGUCAAAAGGAGGACAAGGACUUCUACCUUUAUUACUUUCUGCUGCAGUAUCCUGGCCGCACCAUGGUGUUUGCCAACAGUAUCGACUGCAUCAAAAGACUCAACUCCCUGCUGGUUAUCUUGGACUGUACUCCACUGCCUCUUCAUGCCAACAUGCACCAGAAACAACGCCUCAAAAACCUGGAACGCUUUGCAGAGAGGGAGAGUUGUGUCCUGCUGACGACUGAUGUUGCAGCUAGAGGACUGGAUAUCCCAAAUGUUCAGCAUGUUAUUCACUACCAGGUCCCCAGGACAUCUGAGACUUACGUCCAUCGGAGUGGCAGAACAGCGAGAGCUACCAAAGAGGGCCUGAGUUUGCUACUAAUAGGCCCAGACGACAUGAUGAACUUUAAGAAGAUCUACAAUAAUCUCCAGAAGGACGAGGACCUUCCCAUGUUCCCAAUAGAACUCAAAUUCAUGGAGGCCAUCAAGGAGCGAGUAAACUUGGCCAGACAGAUUGAGAAGAUCGAGUUUCACAACAGCAGGAAGAAUCAGCACAACUCCUGGCUGAGACAAGCGGCAGAGGCCAUGGAGAUGGACCUGGAUGAUGAUCUUUUAAUUGGCAGAGGAAGGGAUGAGGAGGGGGACAGAGAGCAGCAGAAGGUGGUGAAGGGGAUGAAAAAGCAUUUGAAGCAUUUGAUCUCCCAGUCUGUGUUCAAGAAUGUGAUAAAGACAAAGUAUCCCACUCAGAUGGGGAAGCUCUCCCUGCCUCAGAUGCCUCUAGCGGGGAGGGAAAGCGCCCUCACCCAAGUUUCAAUACAGAAGAGGAAACAGAAGUUAAAGAAAGGUGGUCCGUCACGGCAGAAAAAGCAGAAGAAACCGCAGCAGCAGUAACAUGUUAAUGGAAAUGUGCAUUUAAAAGGCAGUCUUAUACAGGAUUUGUGUGAUUGUUGAUUGAUGUAAUUUCUUUUUUACAUACAUUCAAUUCAUGAAAUACUUGUUGCACAGUGUGCAAAAACGUGUAUUUCCAGAUGUUGAAGUGCUGUACACUGCAAUACUUUAUAAAAAUCUGUUUUCAUGAA